AUGAAGUUCACCGCCGCUAUUGCUGCUAGCAUCCUCGCUGGUACCGUUGCUGCCAUCCCCAACCGCGGUCUCGAAGCUCGUGUCAAGGCUCGCGCUUCUGGCACUCGCGGCUCUCGCCCUCUCGAGGCUGUCAACCGCCCCGCGACGGUCAAGAACCAGACCAACGUGGAGUACAGCUCAAACUGGUCUGGUGCCGUCCUGGAGAGCCCCCCCUCAGCUUCUGCGACCUACACGGCUGUGACUGGUACCUUUACUGUCCCCGAACCCACCGGCACCGGUAGCGGCGCUGCCUCCGCCUGGGUGGGCAUUGACGGUGACACCUACGGCAACGCCAUUCUUCAGACCGGUAUCGACUUCACCCUCACCAAUGGCCGCGCUUCCUAUGAUGCCUGGUACGAGUGGUAUCCCGACUACGCCUACGACUUCAGCGGCAGCAUCGACAUCUCUGCCGGUGAUGUGAUCGUCGCCAUCGUUGAGUCGUCCUCUUCUACCAGCGGGACUGCUAUCAUUGAGAACAAGAGCACUGGCCAGACUGUGACCAAGAAGCUGUCUGCUCCUUACUCCAGUGCCAAGCUCGGUGGUCAGAAUGCUGAGUGGAUCGUGGAAGACUUCGAGGAGAAUGGCUCCCUGGUUAACUUGGUCGACUUCGGCACCGUGACCUUCACCGGCGCCGUUGCCCAGGCUGCUGGCGGCGAGAGCGUCGGCCUCGAUGACGCCACCGUCAUUGAGAUUGAGCAGUCCGGCAAGGUCGUGACUGAUGUCACUAUUAACAGCGACUCCUCGGUUACUAUCUCCUACGUCUAA